AUUCUAGAGACAUGUCAUAACACAAUAUACAGAUAUCAUGCAAACAUUUAAGAAAUUCCUACCUGUGAUUAUUUACAUAUGGAUUUUGGGCUCCUCUCUCAUAUGUUCAGGCACGAGCCUAUGGGGGAACAAGAUGGCCUUUACAACCCGAUCCUGUGUUUGGCAGCUGAAUAAUAAUGUUAUCAUCCCACCUUUAGAGGAACUGAGUGUUUGUGUCAACCUCAUGAAAAAGAUUAUUACUUCUGAAUGGACUGCUUUUGACUACAAAGGUCCAGGGCAACAGCACAUGGAGCUUGGCUUGGCUGGAGAUGGGGGAAAUUUAAAAGCUUACCUUUUUGGGGAAGAAUGGAUAGUUGCAUAUGACCUUCCAAAAGACAAGUGGCACACAGUUUGUCUGACAUGGUCGAGUCACACUAGGCUUUUCCAAAUGAUCGUUAAUAAAGCCAUAUUCGAAAUUCAUUUGAAUGAAACGUCACCCAGGUUCCUUGCCGCAAAUGGUACCCUGACUUUGGGGGUGUCACACAGUUUUGUUGGAGGUGCUAUUGAUUUUGAGACCGGGAAAAACUUCCUUGGAGAUAUGUCCUUGUUCCGAAUGUGGGGAGUGCAGUUGAGUCCACUGCAGCUGGAUGCAUGCAAAUGUGUAGAUGGGAACAUUAUGACUUGGAGAACGCAGGACUGGGAUUAUCUGAAGUGCCCACCAAUAAAGGAUGACAGCUUGAAGUGUGAAUCGUCAAAAUAUAAAAUUCAAAUGAACACAACUAUUACGCAAAACACCAAUAAUGGCAACACUGAGAAUGAAAUCCAGGAGAUAGUUCUACACUGGCUUAAGCACAUUUUCCCUCAGAAAAUAUCAGUGCAUUCUGUGUUCCUGUCAAACGUAAGCAAUCAAACAGGAGCUGGUUUAACUGGACAAAAUAAGGGGAAAAUUCAGCGUAAUGGAAAGCCACAAAUCAAGACACAAUGGUUUGAUUGUGUGGUGUUUGUGAGAGUGAUACCUGGAGCUGAUGUGAGUGAAACAGUGUCUAAGAUACAGACGUUGUUAAUAACCACCUAUAACUACAGCAAAAACGUCUUCCUGAUAACAAAUCCAGAUUCUAUAAACAUCUUUUCAGUAGAUUUUGGAGACAUUUUUUAUAAAGUCUAUCUCAACCUAACAAUGAGUGGCAGUAUCACAAACCCUAAACACACUAUACAGCAAUGGCUUCAGGAAACACUGGGAAAAUGCCAAAUGGACGUUUUGAAUCUUGUUCUAAAAGGAGCACCUAAGUACAUCACUACUUUUCAGGUUCAGAUAUCGGCACCUGUGAAUGUCACGUCGACAGAGAGGCUGAUUUUUGAACUCUUAACAAAAGGAUACACCAAUGCUACCAUCAAUAUCAGUGUCCCAACUGGAGAAGUCAAAGUCAAUCAUAUAGAUCCCGGUUUCUGUCCAGAGGAGAUCAUGCUUACGGUGUAUGGUAUAUACAUGUGGCCCAGCAUGACUGCUCAAAGCCAAUAUGACAUGGGGUGUGAACGAGGGAAUGAAAGUGCUACAAGGUUUUGUAAAUUAAACGGGACAACUGAUAGAGCAGUUUGGGAUCCCCCAGACAUGAGCAAGUGUAUAAGGACGGUAGAUUUUGAUGAUUUGGAAAAUAUCACAGUUACAGUUGACAACUCAGCAGACAUUGUGAACAUGAUUGAGGAUCUGUUAAGGGAACAAACCGGUCUGAAUGAUGCUCAGAUGGACAUUGUGCUUGAAAAGCUGUCUAAGGUCACUGAGGUUGGAACCUUGACCACAGACCUGUCCAGCAGCAUUACUAACAUUGUUUCAGAUAUCUGUUUGAUCACAACUAAUCCCACCCAAGUCACUAACAAAGUUCUUUCUAUUACAGACCUUAUGGGAGACAGGACGGUUUUCACGGGAGAUGCUCAUAACAUGACAGCACCUUCAUUAGCACUGCAGCUGAUCAACCCUGACACCUCUCAGUUCCAUGGCCUCACAUUUGAGGUGUCCUCCUUACAGAAUGAUAGCACCCCUGAGAUAUUUUAUGAUGAGAACUUUACAGAGCAUCCAAACUCAGGAACUGUAGCUUUCAUUUCCUUACCUCCGGCAAUUGAAAGCUUUUUCCCAAACAAUGAAGCCAGGCCUCGUGUUCAGUUCCAUUUUUAUGGCAAAGAAAAUUUCUUUAAGGACCCUGCAAUCAACAUGACGCUGAACUCUUAUGUGGUGUCUGCCAGUGUAACCAAUGCCACAGUGAGCAACCUUGAGCUCCCAGUGAUGGUCACUCUCCGCCAUCUCCAAACUAAAGAGGACUGGGACAGUGUCAGGUGUGUCUACUGGGACUUCAACAAAAACAAUAAGAAAGGUGGAUGGAACGAUACAGGAUGUGAGACAGUGAAGUCUAAUGCCACUCAUACGUCCUGUUCCUGUGAUCACCUCACACAUUUUGGAGUUCUUCUUGAUAUCUCUAAAACUCCAAUAAACCCGAAAGAUGAAAGGAUUCUGACUGUCAUCUCAUACCUGGGCUGUGGCAUAUCCUCCAUCUUUCUUGGAGUCACACUGUUGACCUAUUUGGCCUUUGAGAAACUGAGGCGAGACUACCCUUCAAAAAUCCUUAUUAACCUCUCCGUGGCCUUGCUAGGGUUGAACAUGUUGUUCCUGGUGAACUCCUGGUUUGCCUCUUUUAACAGCAAUGCCUUCUGCAUUACUGUAGCUGCCCUUCUACAUUACUUCUUCCUGGCUACCUUUACUUGGAUGGGACUGGGUGCAAUCAACAUGUAUCUGGCCUUGGUUAAGGUCUUUAAUUCAUAUGUGCCAUCUUACAUGCUCAAAUUCUGUGCUCUUGGAUGGGGUUUACCUCUGCUGGUUGUAAGUUUAGUGCUUGCCAUUGAUAUAAAUUCAUAUGGCGCUGGCCUCUCUAGAGCACUUCUCCAAGAAGACUACACUACAUUCUGCUGGGUAAAGAAUGACGUGACCUUUUAUGUGACGGUGGUGUCGUUUGUGACCCUAAUCAUGGUCUGUAAUAUCUGCGUGUUUGCCGUGGUGCUGGUACAGAUCCGUAAGAUGCGGGUCAAUAAGCCUGCCAGCAACAGAAAAGGGUUCCUGCAUGACCUGCGAGUGGUGGCCAGCCUCACCUUCCUGCUGGGACUUACCUGGACGCUAGCCUUCGUCGCCUGGGGCCCAGCCAAAACACCCCUGCUGUACCUGUUCUCCCUCCUUAACAGUCUUCAAGGUUUCUUUAUCUUCCUGUUUUACUGUCUGAUGAAAGACAACGUAAGGAAGCAGUGGAAGAUACAUCUCUGCUGUGGAAGAUUCAGACAGACUGCAUACUCAGACUGGAGUGGUUCUGUGACACUGGGGGCCAAAGCGAAAGGUGGUCAACACGUCUCCUCACCAUCCAUGAAGUCUGAGACUACAAGUGAAAGGAAGAUCUCUGAUACCUCAAACUCGGGGGCCAGCCAUGAUGGUGUCUUCCUGACACGGGACAGAAAACAUUAAAAAAAAGGGAAGAUGAUAUG